AUGGCUAACCUACCGAGCAGCAGCGGAAUGCUCUCUCGACUACUAUCGAACGUCUUCAACACCACCGUCGCUUCGAGAUGCAGCGCUUCUGGCAGAUGGUGGCCACAACCUGAUCGCCACUUCUCCACAAAGCCUGAUGAAUUGUCGUCUCUCGAGUCUUCGAACACUGAUAAUAGCGAUGUCAUUGUGACUAAACAGGGCAUCACCCUUUCCAAAGCAAAUGCUGCUCCGAUUUACUACAAACCCAAAUCGACGGGUCCCGGCUAUGAACUCGUUGAGCACAAGAAAGGAGAAUUAUUAACAAACUAUACGUUGUUUGAAGCCGCUGUCAAUAAAGCCAAAGUUCCUUGGGUAAAUUACGAUGGGUUGACAAGUGAAGAAAGAACGAUUCAUAUGGCACAUAUGAGAGCUAUCAACGAUCGAAAGUUGACUUACCUGGAUCCAAAAACCGGAUACACUGUUUUCACGAUUUCCCAUCAUUUAAAAAGAGGGAAGUGUUGUGGAAGUGGAUGUCGGCAUUGUGCAUACGAAAUGGUCAAUGCUAAAGAAGAAAUUCGGUCUCAGAAAGUGUGGAAUGGAGCCUUUUAUACUUGA